UCGACGUGCGUGUUUAAUAGACAGAUGUAAAACGUCCAAAAUGGCGAAUUUAUACAACAAUGUUAAAGUGUUUAAUUUAAAUAAUGACGGCGUUGUUAAACCAAAAUAUGACUUUUUAGUGACAAUUAGUGCUGAAUAUGAUCCGCAAGGUUAUAGUAUUCGUUUAUUAUCUGAUACUCCGAAUACGCUAAAUGAAAAUAGUAAAGAAUUAUUCGAAUUUCCGUUACAAUCUAGCACAGAAUGUUCCAGAGUAUCGACACACUCAUAUUUAUUUACAAUAGAUCAUGAAUCAUUAUUAUUUAAGUUUAACAGCGAAUCAGAUUUACGAAAUUUUCACAUAUUAGUUACAAAAGUGAAAUCUGGUCGAGGUGCCUCAGUAUUUUCAGUACGAACGGAGGACAGUUCCGCAUCACAGUAUUUUCAAUUUUACGGGUAUUUAUCACAACAGCAAAACAUGUUACAAGAUUUUGUACGAACUAGCACAUAUCAGCGUGCAAUAUUGGGUAACAUAUCCGAUUUUCGUGAUAAAAUUGUGUUAGAUGUAGGAGCCGGUUCCGGGAUAUUAUCGUUUUUCGCUGUUCAAGCCGGUGCAAAACAUGUUUACGCUGUUGAAGCCUCAAAUAUGGCACAUCAUGCUCAAAGUUUAGUACAAUCAAAUAAUUUGGACGAUAAAAUUACUGUGAUCGCUGGAAAAAUCGAGGAAAUUGACUUAAAAGAAAAAGUCGAUAUUAUUAUAUCAGAACCAAUGGGCUACAUGUUAUAUAACGAACGAAUGUUAGAAACGUAUUUACAUGCAAAGAAAUGGUUGAAACCGGGUGGGAAAAUGUUUCCAACACGAGGUGAAUUACAUAUUGCACCGUUCACGGAUGAAGCUCUCUUUAUGGAGCAGUUUAAUAAAGCAAACUUUUGGAUACAAACAUGCUUUCACGGUGUGGAUUUAAGUUCUAUGCGUAAUGCAGCGAAGAAGGAAUAUUUUAGACAACCAAUUGUGGAUACGUUUGAUGUACGAAUAUGUUUGAGUAAAUCAGUUCGACACGUUGUAGAUUUUCUGGAUGCACAUGAAACGGACUUGCAUAAUAUUGACAUACCGUUAGAAUUUCAUAUAUUAGAAUCUGGUCCAUGUCACGGCCUAGCAUUUUGGUUUGACGUCGCAUUCGCCGGAUCCACAUCACUCGUAUGGUUAAGUACAGCACCCACAGAACCGCUAACACAUUGGUAUCAAGUACGAUGUCUCUUAGAACGGCCGUUAUUCGCAAAACAAGGACAACUAUUAACUGGAAAUGUACAUUUGGCAGCUAAUAUGCGACAGAGUUAUGAUGUCACGAUUAAUUUACAUUUAGAAGGGACAAGUUUUACAUCAACAAAUACGCUAGAUUUAAAGAAUCCAUACUUUAGAUAUACUGGUACACCGGCAGCUCCACCACCAGGCUUAAAUAAUACAUCACCCAGUGAAAAUUAUUGGAAUCAACUUGAUGCACAAGGUGCUCGUAAUGCUGUGAAUAUGGUAAAUGGAAUGUCAGUAAAUGGAUUAGGUGAAGUUUCCAUGGAUACAAACCAGGCUGUGAUUAAUCCAACAUUAUUGGCGCUUGGAAAUAGUAUAGGUAAUCAGCCAAAUAUCCAUCCAGGUUGUAUUUCUAGUACGGGACGAGGUCGAGGAGGCGCUGCAACAUCUACUCAAGGGAUUCAAUUAAUUGGUGGCGGUAUUACACCUACGCUAUUUACAUCACCUACAACUCAUGCUCAACCACAUCAACAAUUAGUAAUGGGCAAUUAUCCUGUAAAUGCAAGUCUUAUGAUUGGAGAUUACGUGACCCCAUCGAAUAAUGUUUAUCGCCAAUAAAGAAAA